CUUAAAAGCUGAAACAAAUAAGAUGGCGGCUAAUGGCGGUAUUUCAAUUUAACCUCCUCUUUUCACGGAGAGACGUCGAUGGUCGUCGUCGCCGGAGCUCCUUUAAAUACCCCCCGUCUUCUCCUUCUUCCCCACCUAAUCUCUCUCUCUCUCUCUCUCUCUCUCCCUCUCUACUGUUUUCUUUUCCUUUCUUUCCUUCAUCUACAAAUUCAUUACCUUUCCUACUACUAAUCAUGAACACAGAUUUCUUCUUCACCGGACUUGUUGAUUCGGAAUUGUUAUCCGCCGCCCAACAAUUCACAUACCCAUCAGAGCAAUCGCCUCACUGUUUCCUCACUUCUAUCUUUGACAACUCAUUGGAACCCCCCUAUCCCAGCUUCGAUUCUUCCCUAAUCUCCACAGUUUCAUCUCCCAAUUCGGCCACUUCAAUCCAGGACCACACCUCACCAAACCCAUCUCAUCUUCUGUUCAAUCCUUCACGACCCAACUUACAACAGCCAAUUAUGAUAAAUACAUCAUCACUCUCCUUAGCCGAUCCCAUGUUUGCAGAGAGAGCUGCGAAGUUUCAAAAGAAUCAAUUUGGUAUACAGAAUCACAUCGAAUUGCCUCAUAUAUCUUGUACAUUAACCUCUUCAAAUGAAGACCCAGAACAUAAUUCACUUGGAGAAGGUGAGUUCAGGGUUCCUAUUGAUUUGAAAACGAGGAAAAGACAGGCAAGAACUAAGGGGAAGAAGAUAAUGGAAAACAAAGUUCCUUUCACUGGCAAUGCCUGCAAGUUGGAAGAGGAGAAUGGCGAACCAAAUGCUAAAAGAUCGAAAUUGAUCAAAGCUGAGAAUGAUGCAAAUGAGCCUCCAAAGGACUAUAUUCAUGUUAGAGCAAGAAGAGGUCAAGCCACUGAUAGUCAUAGUCUAGCUGAAAGAGUUCGACGAGAGAAGAUUAGUGAAAGAAUGAAGCUUCUCGAAAAUCUUGUUCCUGGUUGCAGUAAGGUUACUGGAAAAGCUUUAAUGUUAGAUGAAAUCAUAAAUUAUGUUCAAUCUUUGCAACGACAGGUCGAGUUUCUAUCUAUGAAGUUAGCUACUGUCAACCAUACAAGAUUGGACUUUAACUUAGAUAGCAGUUUCUUCAAAAAAGAUAUGUUUCAGCCAAGUGGCGUCUACCCAUUAGGAACUUCCCAUGCUUUCGACUGCACUGAAAUUGACGGUCAAUUGAAUUGUGGCUCGGUUGACCCGAUGGUAUCAUGCCUAAACAUGGUUGAUGAAUUUGGCCAAGUUGGUUCGAGGGUAAUUGACAAUUUAUCUUAUGAUCAAUCUCUUUGAAGAAAGAAUUGUUAAAGAGUCAGAGUUUGAGCCUUGAAAUGGUCUUCCUUGAAAAAUCGGAAUGUAAGCCAGGCCCCGAUAGGGCCUUGCAUGGUAUUACGCAAAUGGGGAAUCAUGGUUAGACGACACCUCACAUUCUGAUUACAGAAUGGUCAUGCCUGGGUCCAUCCUAAGGAUGAUGGGAAGUUUGGACCGGGCUUUGUAAAACCUUCGAUUUCAAAGAGAAAUGUUUCUCCAUAUGAUUAUUUUCUGUUGGAUUAUCUGGAUGGGAGGAACAUGCGCGUCUGGUUUUGAACUCAGGUUAGGUCGGGGAUACGACUAGUACUUCAGCUAGGAUAUUGUAGACUGAUGGAGGAGAUAGCCCUUAGGACCCAUUAGCUUUUUUUUUUUCUUAUCCAUGUUCAAUAGUAUGUUGUUGAUGAUGCUUUCAUUCUUUUCUUUUUCAACUCUUUUCUUUUGGUUUGAUGUUGUUGCUGAACCGUUAUUGUUAUAAAGUAAAGCUCCGAUAUUAUUCAAUUCAA